CUUAGACUAAAGACUAGGUAGCCAUUUGCCCAAUGGCGUUGCCGCUUCUCCAAGAUGCUGGAGUCAGCGUUGGAGAACAUCCUACUGCAAUACUUGGCUCCAUAUGUGGAUGGCAUCACACGGGACAAGUUGCAUUUGGGCGUUUUUAGCGGCUCUUUGCAGUUGGAGCAUUUGGAAGUUCGCCCUGAUGCUUUGAGCACCUUGGGCUGGGGUGGCUUCCGGGUGCGGCGAGGCCGUAUUGAACGGAUUUCCUUAGCAAUUCCAUGGACCAAGCUCUACACAGGAAAAGUGAAGGCCUCCGUGCGGUGCCUGCAUUUGGAAGUCGAAAGCCUGGCGGAGAGCGCGCAGGGGAAAACACAGGAUGAUUUUGUUAAAGAGAUGCUUGAAGCCAAAGAGAAGGCCAUUGCCGUGCGAAUGGAGCAGCUUCAAGACUUGGUGGACAAAUCGAGCGAUGGCGACGAAGGUGCCAACGAUGUGGAUCGUGCCAGCCUCGGCAUGAACUUGGCACGAAAGAUCUUGAACAACAUCACCGUUGAGCUCGAGGAGGUGCACGUGUCCUUCAUCAACAGCAGUCGUGGCCUGGCGUGUCGCGUGGAUUUGCCCAACUUGGCCGUGCUCUCCACGGAUCGGACCUUUCGCCCGCGGGACGACGCCGAAGGUGCAGUGGUCCCCGGGCAAUCGAUGUACAAAACGUUGAUGCUGCAACAGUUGAGCAUCAGCAUGUCGCCUGCUGGUAGCAAUCACUUGGAGGAUGCGGAGUAUGUGUUGAGCCCAGUGAGCGCCAACCUGCAACUGGCACAUGAGCCGGCGAAUAACAUCUUGAAGAUCAAACUCAUGGUGGCCACGGAGGAGUUGGCGGAGCUCUUUCUGCGCCGUUCCCAGGUGAAGCACUUGCGCACCCUGAAGAGUGAUUUGAAUGAAGAGGCCCGAAAGCACCAGCUCAUGCUGGUGGCCAGCGUGGCGGGAGAUGAAGCCGAACAGGAAGAUAUCAAUGAGAUCAACAAGGAUGCUGAGAAAUCCAUCGAGCGAUAUACCAAGCUCUACGAGCGCGAUGCCACACAGGACUGCGAGCCCAGCCACCGACUGGAGCCGUUGAGUGCAUCGGAGCGGCGAGAUAUGCAGGUGCUGGAGGCUGUGCUCUCAGCCCGCUUGUUGGCACGAGCGCGGUACAAGGUUGAGCGACGGACAGAGGUGCUGAAUGAAGAGGUGGCCCGGCGCAAAAAGGAACUGGAGAUGGAGCGCGUGGCCAAGCGAUCGGCCAACUCUGGCUUCUUCAGCCGCUUUUGGGGGUCUUCAGAGGUCGAGGAGGAUGCAGCACCUGAAGGUGAGCUGCUGUCCAGUGAGGAGAAGAGCCAGCUCCUGAAUGAGUUGAAGGAUGUCAGCAAGGUGGAGCAGGUGGAUGUGCCCAAGCAGUUUAGCUUCGAAUUCGUCUUGGGUCAGAUGGCCCUGGAUUUGAUUGAUGACCGGCAUUAUGGCGAGGAGCACCGGCAGCUACUCAGCGUGGCAUUGAGAGAGGCUGGCAUCAAGCUGGACCUCCGCAUGGCUACGGACUUCCUGGGCCAAGACAGCGCCGAAUGGGGCGUGAAGAUCGACUUGAAAUCCUUCCACGCCUUGCACCAUACCCGUGCCUUCCUGCAGUUGAAGCCCACAGAGGAUUCGUCUCGUGCUGCGCAAUGGCUUGGGGACGGCACCAGUGCAGCGUGUUUCGACAUUCAGAGCAAGCUGCAGAAGGAACAGAAUUUGCUGCGGAUCUCCUUUGAGUUCAUGCCCGUGGAGAUCUAUUUUCUGGAAGGCAUUGCGGAACUGCUCCUCGACUUCUGGCGCGAGCCUGUGAGGGAGCAGGCAGCACCACUGGAGACGGUGAAGGAAGUGGAUGAACAGCUGGAGGAUGUGGAGGAGUGGUUGGAAAAGAACGCGGAGGAAGUUAAGCAGGUGGCCCAGGCAGCGUACAAUCGAAUUCCAGACAAGAUCGAGUUGGAGAUCAUGAUUGCAUCUCCCAUCCUGCACGUGCCUGUGUCCUUGGGCACAGCCAUCUUCAGCCUCGGUCAGCUACAUCUGAAGACCAAAGAGCCUUGCGAAUACAAAUGCAUCGACUUGGACGUGCGGCUGACCCGCACCACCUUGCGAGCGACCUCACUGCGAAAUGAGCAGUUCGACAUGAUCCAACCAGUGCCCGUGAAUGUGUCCAUUGAAUACAGGGCAUUGGAAGACAAGAACGUGGUCAGCGUGCACAUUGACGCAGAGGAGGAGAUGCGAUUGUCGCUGGCACCCCAAGCGUUGCAAAUCUUGCUGGCAACGCCUACCGGUCUGAUGAACGUCAUGACUGUGAAGGAGCCGGAGACCAGCCGCAGCAGCCGGCGCCAAACCUUUGGACGCUGGGCCUCUCAGGUCUUUGCUGCCAAGUCGGAUGCGGAUGAUGAGCUCCUCAUGCAACCCAGCAAGUCGGAGGUGGCCGAGCGCCGACGCAGCUCACUGGAAGAUGUCUUGGGCCGACCACAGGCGGCCACCAGUCUGGUGGAGGAUGUCACGAAGCAAAUGGAGCAGGUCCGAUCCAAACAGUUUAUCUUCAACCUUUCGGUCAUGCUGGCCGCUGUGGAUAUGGUUUUGGCGGACUCCAUCGUUCCAGUGCUGCGCUGGAGGGGGGAGUUGACCACCCCGCUGGUAAUGUACAAGCAGAAGGAGCCAAAUAUCCUCAAUCUACAUGUCAAGGAUGGCUCCUUAGAAGUGCAGUCUUUGAACCCCAACAGUGGCAUUUGGGAACCCAUUCUGGAGCGCUUCCGCCUGGGCUUGGAUGUCGAGCGGAAGGCCAUCGGCGAGGACCGUGAUACCCAUGUGCUCCUGAGCGGGCAUGAGCCGGUGCUGUUGAAUGUGACGCCCUCGACCGUGAAGCGUUUGAAGUACAUCAUGCCACUCUUUAUUGAAUCCGUGACGUCAUCCUCCCUCGUGGGCGACGCAGAGAAUGACCACAAGACUGGCGUGAAGUAUCGGGUCGUCAACUUGUUUGGCUCGAGCAUCGACCUGCACUUCCGCUCCAGAUAUACCAAGAACCUGGUGGCCUCCGUGAAACCCAGUGGCUCAGAGUGGAAGUCUCUGGAUGAGUGUAUCCUACCACACUUUGCCACCGCGAUCACUGCGCAGGUCCAUGGUGAGUCCACCAGCUCCGAGUGGCUCUCCUUGGAACGCACCGGCGCAGUGAUGCUCCGGCCGGGCGCAGCGCGAGGUCGGCUUUGCAAGGAACUGGGAGGCUGUGUGGCCGAACUGCUCUCGCCGUCGCCAUCCCACAAGCUGCUGUUUCUGGCUGCACCGCUGCGAGUGCACAACCAGACAGAUCUCACGCUGGUGAUCAGGUUCCAUGACUCCAAGCGUCAGGUGCUGCAAUUGGAUUUGAAGUCCAGCGGAUGCUGCGAAGCGUCGCUGCUGGGAACUCUGGGGUCGACCUACGAAGCGAGAAGCAACUACACCGACCAAGGUGUCAGCUCCGAAACAUGUGGUCCCGGAGAGCUGCUUUUGGAGCCUGACUGCGUGUGCAGUGUGCCAAGCGCAGCCUUAGUGCAGAGCAGAGAGGGGCAGCUCAUCAAGUCCAAGACCUUCAUCAGCAUCCGGCCAGCAGGGAUCAAUGUUCAUUUUUGCCCUCCAGUGGAAGCAGGUGCCAACACACCCACUUGCCCAGUCUUUUGCCGUGGCCCCGAGUGCCGCGACGCACCACGGCGGGCGCAUAUUGCCAGCACCAGCGGCGCUCAUUUCCUUUGCCAGUCCACCUCCACGACGCAUGCGCUCCCAUCUCCAACGGCGGUGACGACCAUUGCGAUUCAGCCCACCUUAGCGAUCUUGAAUGCGAUUCCUUUAGGCGAGCUGGGUGUGCGCUACACGACCCUGCCCGAGGGAAACAAGUUCAUGGAGGCCACCGAAGCGUCAGUGCCCAGCUUCACGAGAUGGAACUACUACAGUUUCCCUGGGGUGCAGAAUGGUCUUGCAGUCCUCGCGAGGCUCGAUGCCAGCGCACCUUGGUCCCAGCCGCUCAAGAUCAAGCAGGAUGCUUUCAAGGAGGAAGCUUCAGAGAUGCAGAUUUUGCAGCUGAGACAGUUCGACAAGGGUGCCCCCUGUGGGGUCAUGGUCGAGCCCGUGAGUCACUAUGAGUUGCGCUUUGCUUGUCCCAACUGGCUGGUGGAUCGUGCAGGCCUCGCGAGCGAGCAGAAGCUGGAGAUUCAAUACCGAGGCCGGCCUUUGCCCUGCCUCAAUGGGCUGACGCUUCUGCCAGCGGAAUGCUUGGAGGAAUCCUGCACCUUUGUGCUCUCUGCGGCAUGGAAGAAGAGCGUUCUCGAGGUGCGCAUGCCACCGAACUUCAGCGUUUUACCCUGGCCAACUCACGUGGGCGACUUGGUGUAUUGCAUCCAAACCGAAGACCUGCAUGCGGAAGAUAUGCAUGGAGCAUUCUGCCAGGCCAUGGUCUUUCGCCCUCGCUUGGUCUUUACAAACACCUCCGAUGCGACGCUUCAAUUGGAGCUGGCACCUGGACGCGUCCAGUCGUUAGAAGCACACAAGUCCAUGGUGCACCACUGGCCAGCUGCAGCUGGAGAUGAAGCGCCCGACUUCCAGUUGCGCUUCCGGCCGGAGUCGACCAAUGAGUGCGGUUGGUCAGGGAAGGUGAUUUGCGGUGAUGAGACAGCAGGCUGCACUUCCUUUGCGUUGGCCACAGGCAUCGUGGCAGUGCCCAAAAACAAGGGGAAGAUGGAAUCCGAGCUCUGGAGCGUGGCCAUCUCUCCCGCGCGGGGCGCGAUGGCGGUGACCUUCGAGCGGGGCUCCGAGUUCAUCGCGGCGAAUCGCUCCGAGCGCAUGCAUCGCAUGGAGAUUCGCACCUUUGCACUGGAGGAGCAGAUUUCCAGCUUCACGGUCUACAAAGGAGAGGAGGUGCGCUUUGGCUGGUCCAGCCCCCACGAGAACCGGUGCAAUGAGAAGGAAGAGGAUCACAGUCAUUGCAUCUAUGUGACCUUGUACGUGGAUGGCUGCCCUCCGAAGCAGAUCAAGGUGCCGGACCUCCGCCGGAGCGACCACGUUUAUGAGCCUGAACUCCGGCUACAGCUGCACUGGGGGAGCACAGCACAGGGUGCCUUGCUCAGCGUUGAGGACAAGGAGGAGCGGCGGAGCAGUUCCAAUCGGCCCAACUCCACCCAUUUGGAGGUGAAGAUUAGCAAAGCAGGGAUCUCCAUCAUCGAAGAGAUCCCACCCCCAGGCGAGAAGAGACCCCGAGAGCUGCUCUUUUGCAAUCUGGAGUUGGUGCGAUUAGAUUGGAAGAAGGACUAUCAGGAUCAGCAACUGAAAUUGGCCAUUUCCGGUGCUCAGGUGGACUGCCAGCUGCCCGGUCGCACGGACGCGCGCAGCGUGCGGAAGAGCGAUGCGACCUUGGGAGGCCCUGGGCAGGAGCUGCCGGCAGUGAUCUUGGCGAAUCGCGGUUUGGGCGACCGAGCCUUCUUGUCUUUGCAGAUCAAGCGCUGUGUCUCCUCCUCUGGGGACUACCUGCUCCCCUUUGUGAACAUUGCCAUGGACGCAGUGGAUCUUACCCUUGAUGAUGGCUGGCUCGAUCCCUUGCAGAUCUGGAGCCAGCAACUGGGCGAUGAGCGCGGCCGAGCAGAAAGCCGUGCCCGCGUGGCGGCCAUGACCGAACGUGCCGGGAAGCCAGUGUUGGAGGGUUACAAGCCGCCAGAUUUGCCUGCAGUCAUCCAAGUGGACAACUUCUACAUUUCGAAGGUGGAGCUGACCGUCUGGUGUGCCUUGAAGCUUCGCACGGUGCGCUUCCUGCCCCAGUGGAUCCGCACGGCCAUUGGGAUGCUGUCAUUCUCUGGACAUUUGACCUUGGAUGGUGUCGAGCUCAAGCUGCCAGAGCGACGUUUGGAGCGCCACCGCGGAUCCCUACUGGACUUCCUUCGAAACCUCGGAAGUAUGUAUGCGGUGAACCUCCUGAGCCAUGCAGCUGGGCUGUUGGGCAAAAGCUCCGUGCUGAAUUUACCCCGGGUUCCAUGGCGCAUCACCAUGACGACCGUGAGCUACUUCUCCGACUCGGUGGGACUGAUCUCCGGGGAGGCAUCAUCGCUGCUGAACGCCAUGGCGUUUGACGAGGACUACGUAGCGCGCCAGAGGCAAAUCCGCAAUGCCAAGCAGAUUGAGAACAUCCAUGAUGGAUUGGUUGAGGCUGGCAAGUCCUUCGUCGAUGGCCUGGAAGGUUUGACGGACGUCUUCACGCAGCCGUUUGAGGGGGCCAAGCAAGAUGGCCUGGGAGGCUUUGUCCGGGGUGUGGGCCGCGGCUUCGCGGGCUCAGUGUUGAAGCCAGUGUCCAAGCUGGGGGAGGCCAUCAGCGAUGUGGGCUCAGGCAUCGCCAGCUCCGUGAGCCCCGAUGGGGGUGCCACCAAGCGACGACGGAGGCGGUGUCGUGUACGCCCUCCUCGGCUGCUCUUUGGAGAGUUGGGAGUUGUGAGGCCUUGGUCGAAUCUGGAGGCUGAAUUGAAGCGUGUCCUGGGAGAGGCUGGUGUCCAUGGCCUGGAAGAGGUCUUAACAUUGAAGGAGCAAGGGUACAAGAAGAUCUUGCUCUGCCUUUAUCCUCAGAGGCUCUUACUGGUGGAGCUGAAGUUGGAGGACGAGAUGAAAUCAGAGGCGCUCAGCCAGGCUGCAGGUGCCACAGGCGCUGCAGCCAGCAACGCCCAGCUAGACUCUGCCACCUCUGCGGGGCACUUGGAAGAGGGCUAUGACUUCUUCACUGCCGUGGAUGAGACGGCCGUGAGGCUCUUCUCGCAGAUGCUGAAGCCUCUGAACACAGCAGUCUCCCACUGGGAUGGCAUUUCGAACUUUGUGGCGGGAAGCUCCGACCAUGACCAAGAGGUCUUGAAGCGUGCAGUGAAGACGAUGGUGAAGUUCUCCGAGGUCCUCGACAUUGAGGAUUCUCAGUCCUCCAGCAGUGAUAUGCACGUGAAGUUGAAGCUGGGUGGAGGCAAGAAAUUGGUCCUGCCAAUGGGCCACGUGCCCCCGGGCGCGGUGCAUGCCUUGGUGAAAGGCCUGCAUUCGGCGAGCCAACGAGGCCCGAGCUGCGGAGUCGCCAACUGGGAUGACCUUCGGGUGGCUCUGCAGGAUGCCUCAGGAGCUCCGCAGCCGAUCUCCCACCUCUCAGGAGGCGCCGGGCGACGGAUCUUGGAGGUCUUCGAAGUGGAGACCUUCCAUGUGGUCUCCAAGACGUGGCGGACGCCCAACUGGGGAUCGAUGAUCGAGACCGAAACCAGUUGGAGGUGGCUUGAUUCAAGUGGCUGUCGACAUCCUCACCUUAUUCCUGGACUGGACAAGGUGGUCAUUGUCGAGAGGAGAGUGCCACCAGUGGAGCUUGACAAGAGUCUCUACCAGCCGUACUUGGCAUCAGCUUAUGUUGUGGUACACUCUCUUCCAUGAGGGGACAUUUCCACUUCGAUGUUAGUUCCAGGGAGUGUACUUUCCCGUGGCGGUGUUCCAGCGGUGUUCCCACGGGAUGGCAGAUGGCUGAAGGGAACAUGGGGUCAUACAUGGUUACACUACAGACGAAGUGAUGCUGAUCUCUUGACCCCGCUGUGUACACGGCAAGUUGACUGUUGUAACAUCAAUAAUCGGUUCAAAGACUUGGAGCGAUCAUUGUCGUUGCAUUGCUUUGCUUUGAGACACCUGAGGUACUCGCCAUGGGAAGUGGACAGAAACCAAGGCCCUGCGACGGACCUGCGCUUCUGCCCGUUGGCGGUUCGCCAGGGGAACGAAGACUGUCAUACCGCUACGGAUUGGGAUGUUGCCUGGGGUCAAGAAUGCCAAUGGCUUAGCUGCGCUUGGCGUAGGCACCUCAAUCUAUUGGAACAUGGGCGUCUCUGACAGGCAUGAGUCCAUGCCAGUGGGACAGUGAUAUUCGAUGCGCCUCGGAUGUCGGGAGAUGUUCAGGCGAUGAUGACGGCUGGAGUUAUGGCAUUGCCUGGAACACCUCGACCUGGGUCACUACACCUGGGCCUUUCGAUCUCUUUCGCCGCAGGCGCUGGACUCGGACGUACACUUAGGAGGCCGGAGGAUUGAGGAUUGAGAUGAAGAUCUUCGAGGGCAUGGAGGUAGAACUGGCCUUGCCAGUCACAUCAACGCUCCUCCAGCCAUGAACCGAGGGCCGCCUCAACUCCAGAUGUUCAUAUAUUGUCCGAC